CAGAAACAAAAAUGGAGGAGCGCAUAUGACAGGUGGUGUUCCGAUCAUAAUGUAAAAUUAAUAACUAUACGUGCGAUAAUAAGGAGACAUUUGGCUAUCUGCUGUAACGUGGCGAAUCUAUGGACUACUGAUUUAAGAAUAGUAACUCAGGAUCUUUAGACCAAAACUAGAAAUGGGUAAAAAAGGAAAAAAGGGAGGAAAAGGUGGGAAGAAGAAAGAACCAGAGCUGACAUUCCAAGAAGCAAUUUUAGCAUACAAAGUAAACAUUUUAGAGAAAAAGCUUGAGGACCUGAACUAUGAAGUGAGAGGAUGGGAAGAGAAAAACAAGAGAGCUAUUGAGCGGAAUGACAGGCUUAAAUCAGAACAGGAACUUCUUGUUGAGAACCUACUGAGAACUGCCAAAGACUUUGACAAGCUGGUUGAAGGGGAAGAGAUGACGAACAAGAGUGAUGUGAUUGUAACAAUGAAAGGCUUGUGGCAGAGGCGAGGGGAGUUGGAGAAAGAAGUGGCAGAGAUAGAGGCUGAAAUCCAGCUGAAGGAGAAGGAGAUAGAUGCUGUGGAGAAGCAGGUAGAAUAUUGGUCAGACUACAGGGACAGAGGUCAGAAUGACCAACAGAAGCACAUCACACUGUUACAACAGGAGCUGGCCGACCUACAGUCCAGCUUUGAACUCAUGGCAUCACACUUAGAGUUAUCACUGGACACCACAAAAUCAGACAUAAAGAAAAAAACAGAUAAUGCCUUGGACCAGCAAAAAUAUUUGGCAGCUGAGAAAGCUAUGGCAAAGUUGGACAAACAAAGCCGGCAAGAGGUGCUGGACAAUGAUUGGUUAAAAAGAGAGGUGGAAAUCCACAAAAGGGAAUGUGAUGAGCUGUAUCAGUCUGUUUCUAGUCUAGAACAGGAAAACCUGAAGAUUAUGAGUGAGCUGUUUGACUGUCGGGUAGAAGAUCUGAAAAUAUCAAGGAACUUGUUUCUGACUCAGUUUGAAGAAGGAGAGAAUCUAGAAGAGACGGGCAUCCUUGAGAUGGACCUGACAGGACUCUCAUUGGAGGGCAGACUGACCUCUCCUGAGCUACAGAAGAGGGCAGAAUCUAAGGACAAUGCUGUAGCUGUGCGACCAAAGAGUGCCACAUUAAAAGCAAUAGAGGAUAAGAUCUUACCUCUGCUGAUAAAGGAACAGGAAGAACAAGAUGAAGAAGAAGAGACCGAUGAUGAGGAUGAGACAGACUCUGUAGACAUGGAUGUUCUUAGCGACGAUUUCUUUGUGGAAGACAUAAACGACUAUCUCAAACUGGGACCAUUGGAGUUAAAGUUGUUGAACAUAGAAGGGAAAGCCAUGAAGCUGCAUGAGCCAACCCCUUUGAGUGAGGCAGAAAUUCAGGCUAAGGACUGCCAGCCAGAUGUCUGGCCUGUCACAAAACCUAUGUUAAAAGAGCUUCUCUGACAGAUGACGUGCAAGUGCACACAACUGUUCCAUACCAAAUUUGACGAGAAAAUGCAAAACUCUUCCUCCCAUCCAUCCGGAUGUUGGUUUUCAGCCAAAUUUGUUGACCUUCGUAGUCACACUGUUUCAGUUUGGUUGGAUUUAGCUGCAGAUAUUGUUUAGAUGCAGUCAUACUAUAUCUCAUCUUCUGUAUUCCAGACCAGGUCAUUGGUGUAGUAGUGUUUGGUGUUAAGUGGACUGAUGACUGUGUCGCUGCAGCUUUAAACAGUAGUAUAUAGGUGUACAGAAGUGAAACUCAAGACAUUGUUCCCCUCAUAAAAACUCGAAGUAACUUUUGAUCAAAUGCUACGAACAACCUCAUUGGCAUUGUAUAUAAACCAUAUAUUAGUUUAUGCUGAUCACAAAUGUGAAUACAUACCUCUCACCCCUUGAAAAAAAAGGGAAAAAUAAAAAUAAAAAGCAUGCGCCUGCACAAGAUUGAACUUUUGCACCAUUAAUGUAUUUAUUUAUUUCGUUGUUAUGUAAUACGAUAUUCAAAAAGUUUUCACUUAUGCGGUGGUGGCCAGUGUUAUGCAUGAGAUGUUCAUGGUUAAAAAAACAUUGAUCUCUGACCUGUUCUGAUCACUUGUUUUCUGGAAUUACUGUUACUGUACAGAUUUUGUAUACAACUGUAAUUCUUCAACCUUUUCACAUGUUUGCAAGCUGUUUAUUCAAGCAUAUUCUGGAGGCAUUAUUCUGUUCAGACUAAUAAUAUUAUACUUUAUAUGAAGCCCUGAAAUUAGGCAGUCCAACCAACAUCUCCAAAAUCUAAUUAUCAAUGUCCAUAAAUUGAACUUAAAGUUGUUCUUUCGUAUACGAAAUUGUUGAGGAACCAGGGUAGGUUAGAUUCAUAUAUGAUGUGAUAAACCAUUUCAGAGUGCCAGAGUAUGAAAUUUACAGAGGUUGAGCCAAAAAUAUAGUAGUCUUAAUUCAGUCUUAUAUCCUAAUACAGUUUUAUCUUCAUACAAUAGGAUUUAAGUCAGAAGUAUCCGCACCAAACAACCAGUUUAAUUUAAUGCUGACAAAAUUUCCAUGAAAUUGAAAGAACACAGCGGUUCCUGUCUGCAGCUUUUGCUAACUAUGAAGUUUGAAGAUGUAGAGUUAUUUACAUACAAGCAUUCUUAUGCAUUUCUGUGAUCUAAAUAUUUUGCUCUAUGUGUUUGUCACUGUGCUGAUGGCCCAUGGAUUCCAAACCAAACUCCUGAGUUGGUGAAUAAAAUGU